AUGAUGAUACAGGCGGAUGAGAUAGUGGAGUUCCUACGGUACAUCAACCAAACAGCCGUUCACUUCCUAAAUGCUUUUUUCCACGUACAUAGGGACGCAAGGUUGUUGGCGUUGGCGGAGUCCGACCCCCGUGGGCCCACUCCAACGGAGGCCUCCGAACGAGUUCCGACGCCGUCGCUCCCGCAGCGGCAGUUGCGUGCCGGCCGCCACCGACGACGGACGUGUCCCGCUGACGCAAUAGCACAGCAACGCGGCCAGAGCCCGCGAUACACUGGAGAAGUUCGCGUGUGCACACGACGGCGCGCUGUGGUAGUUUUGUUAUCGAGACGCGUGUGGUGCGAUGCACUGUGGGCGGUUGUUUGGCAUUGUUUUGGCGGGAAACGGAUUACUGACGCGGCGUUAACGCUAAUGGCACCGUCGCAGAGG